CGAGUUAACAUCAGUGAAGCUUUAAAUAUGGAUCUAAGCAGAGUUGUCACAUGUGUUCUUCUGUCAAUACUUGCCGCGAAUCUUUCCCGGGCAGAUGACUUCGUAUGCCCCACCGAUGAUGAGAUCCUGGCUUAUCCGAACCCGGAAUCUUGCAAAAAGUACUAUCGUUGCACGUUUGGCGUUCUCGAGGAACUGACCUGCCCGUACACGUUGUACUUUGACGCCAUCAGCCGCGGUUGCACUUUUGCCGCCACUGCCCGAUGCGUCGAAGGUACUGAAGUGGAGAAAUGGGAUCGACCGAUUUGUGCCGAUGAUGGACAAGACGUUAAGUUGGUUCCCCAUCAGUCGAUCUGCGCCAAAUAUUAUCUCUGUUUGGGAACAAAUGCAGUGGAGAAACACUGUGAGGACGGAUUGCUCUUCGAUGAAGUUUUACGGCAGUGUACUUUGAAGGCACGAGCCCGGUGUCAUGUAGAUCCUUGGUGUCCGGAAUACGAUCAACUGCAGGAUAUCAAGUUCUUCAACGAUCCGGAAGACUGUUCUAGAUAUGCUGUGUGCUACAAUCGGCAGCUGCAUCACCAAUACUGUGCUGAAGGACUUUUCUUCAGUGUUGAAAAACAAGAGUGCACCAAACCGGAAUUGUCCGAUUGCAAAGUUCGCGAUGUCGAGUGCGGCUGGAUCACAUUGAUUCCACAUCCAAAUAAAUGCACUAACUAUUACGAUUGUUCCAACGGGUACCCUGCCUUGCGUGCAUGUGUAGAUGGAUUUUAUUUCGAUGAUGAAGUGAGGACUUGUCUUCCAAACAAUGGACAGUGCGUACCUCAUGAAGGUAGCACUACUACGAUCGAGACUACUCUCGCGGAUGGAACAACUGCAACGAGUAGUGUCGUGAGUUCAACAACUGUGGCAACAACGACUCCAGAAAACGGUGAUGGUAAAGUUGAUUUCAGAAAUGUCGAUGCUUGAUCGAGGGAAAUGUGAAUAAACACUGAAAAGAACAUGAAUAAAUUGUUUUUACGAAACAGGAUUCUUAAUAA